CUACAACACUUCCAUGUUAUGUAUGUAUAUUUAAAAAUUGACCGUGAAAGUUCCGUCUCGGACAACUUCAACCAAACAAGAUUCUUUCGAUAAAUCAGUUUCUGUUUUGAAGAUGUUGUUAUUAGUGCUACUUUCAAUAUUGGGUUGUAUAGUCAGUAUUCUAGUACUUUUUGUAUUUCUGUUGUGGUUAUAUGUACACUUUGAAUAUGUUGCUUGCACUAGUGAUGUUUGUUUAGUGGGAAAAACGGCAUUAGUUACAGGUGGAAGUAAAGGCAUAGGAUAUGACAUAGUUUUACAACUGGCUUCCAGGGGCUGCAAAGUUAUUAUAGCCAGCAGAACAAUAGAUGAAAAGCUGAGACAACAAAUUAUAUGGGGAACCAAUAACCCAAACAUAGUACUGGAACAUGUUAAUAUGAGCUCCUUUAAAUCAGUACGUCUACUAGCAAGCAGGUUACAAAAGUCGGAGUCAAAAUUAGACAUAUUAAUUAAUAACGCUGGGAUUCCACAAUGUUUAGAAAUUCCAACAGAAGACGGGUUGAAUGAAACAAUGCAGGUUAACCAUUUUAGCGCGUUUUUACUAACUCAUCUACUUGUGGAUCUUUUGAAAAAGUCUGAAGAUGCUAGAGUAAUUUUCACAGGAUCAUUUUUGUCUUAUUUUCACACGAUGACAAGGAGAUCAAUAAGCGAUUUUAAAAUUCAGAAUUCUCCGUUUAGAACUUUUGACUACCCUAAUUCCAAAUUCUGUAAUAUAAUAACCGCAGACCUAUUUGCAGUUAAACUUAAACGAUGGAAUAUUACUUGUAACAGUUACCAGCCUGGAAUAGUUAAAACAGAAAUAUUUAAUAAGGCUGAAAAGAAUGUAAGGAGUUUAUUCGAUGUUUUGUUAUUUUAUUCCACAAUAUACCUAUAUGCAAAAUUUGGUGUGAAAACAAGGGUCACCUCACAGGGCGCCGUACAAAUAGUAACUGCCAGAGAGUUUGAGAAAGUAACAGGAAAUUUCGUUGGUAGAUAUUUUCACAACGUUCGACCUAGGGCCGCUUAUGAUACAGCAUUUUGUGAAGCUAUCUGGAAGGCGUCAGAAGAAAUGGUAAAACUGAAUCCGGAGGAAAAGCUGGAUUAUUCUUAUAAAUAGUGAUAUUUUAUUAAACAAUUUAUUAAAAAAUUAAAUUUUUAAUAUUUGUUAUUAUUUAAAUCAUACAUAUUGGACAUUAUACAAUUAUGCAUUUAUAAAGUGUGGAAACGG